CAUCAAUUCAGCCCAUAACAAUCCAUUCUUGUCGACACAUCCAGUUUCCUUCAAGAACAUUUUCAUUUAAUUCCCCUUCCACCUUUACUCCCUUUCUCCUUUCUCUAAACAUGGAACCCGAAUCUCAUCAACAUGAUCACUCCCCCAAAACGCCACCCUCCUCUGCCACCACCACAACAAUCACAUCCUGCUGCGCCAGAUGCGGCGGCCCCACCACUUUCGAACCACCACCACCGUACUCCGAAAUCUCCCCACCUCCCACAUACCGUCCCAUCCGUGCUCCAGCCAUUAACCUCCCUCCAAACAACUCUCAAGCCAUCAUUCUUGCUCCCGUUCCCCAAUCCCAAAAGGUUCCCACAAUUUCCCCUCCUUAUAAAUUCCAAACUCCUUCCAAACGAAUCCAAUCCCCCGAUGACGUCCGCCACUUCAUUGAUUCCGAUUCCGGAAAAAAUUUCCUCGGCUUCGUCGUCGCUCUCUCCGAGUCCAUUCGCGGGCACAAAAUUUCAGAUCAAUGUCACGAGUCUCAAACAAUCCGCACCCUUUCAUCAAUUAUUGACGAAUUAAUUCAAUGGAUCGACGUAAUUCCUCCGGCUCAGCAGGUGUCUCGUUACGGUAACGUCUCUUACCGAACCUGGAAUAGCCGUUUAACUGAAUACAGCGAUACGGCAAUGCUCCGUUUUUUGCCUGACGAACUUCAAGCUGCCACGGUGGAAAUUGUUCCGUAUUUUAAUGAUAGUUUUGGUAAUCCGAGUCGUAUUGAUUACGGAACUGGUCAUGAAACUAAUUUCACUGCUUGGUUAUAUUGCUUAGCUAGAUUAGGAGUAAUUAAGGAAGAAGAUUAUCAAGCUGUUGUGUCUAGGGUUUUUGUUAAGUACUUAGAGUUGAUGAGGAAAUUGCAAUUAGUAUAUUGUUUGGAGCCUGCUGGAUCGCGUGGUGUUUGGGGGUUGGAUGAUUAUCAUUUCUUGCCAUUUAUAUUUGGUUCCUCGCAGUUGAUUGAUCAUAAGUAUAUGAAGCCGAAGUCAAUUCAUAAUCAGGAUAUUUUGGAAAAUUUUUCCAAUGAGUAUAUGUAUCUUUCCUGUGUUGCUUUUGUGAAGAAGGUGAAGAAGGGUUUAUUUGCUGAGCACUCACCUUUGUUGGAUGAUAUCAGUGGUGUGCCAAAUUGGAAUAAGGUUAACAGUGGGCUGCUGAAAAUGUAUAAGGCGGAGGUGCUCGAGAAGGUUCCCAUCAUGCAGCAUUUUCUGUUCGGAUGGCUCAUUAGAUGGGAGUAGUUCGAUAUAUCAACAUCAGGAAUGUAUGCAGUGGAAUCAAGAGAUUUAUUUUCCAGAAGGUUCUAUGCACAGUUACCAGAGUAGAACUUAUUCGGAUUAUAAUACUUUUGGGAGUAUGAAUUUAUCUAGUAUUUCCUCUUUUUUGUUUGCCAUGCUACUUGGCUUUAGCAGAUGCAGCACACUGCCUUAAUUUUUGUUGAUCAUAUUUUGCAUUUAAUGGAAGCCCAGCAGUCUUCUGUUGAAUGGAUAAUAUAAUGAAACCUUAUGUCUACAAAUAUUUGGUAUGUUAGAGCUCCUAGUAUACAAUUUUCUGUCCUAAGUUCUGCAGUGGGUUUUCUACUUUUUAAUGACAUGACAGAUAUAAACUAUCCGUUUAUACCCAUGUUGCAUUAA